AUGAGUGCUGCUGCCCGAUAUGUUAGGACUGAAGUGGAUGUGAAGGAUCUGGUUCCUCCUGGGGUCAUUGAUCAGUCAUCAGCUACGAUCUACAAAACUCGUCGUAAGCCAAGUGCUUCUGGAGCUGUUGCUUCGGGGAUUGGAAAGGCUGAAUGGAAAAUGGAGGGGAAAGAUUUUAGAGUGAAGAAUCGGGCUCGAAAAAUUGUGGAUGUGAUGUCUCCGAUGGAUGCAGUGGAAUGUUACACUGAAGAAGUUACAGAGGAGGAAACGGAAGAUGAUUCGGAGUCUGUGUCGGCUUGGGAGUCGGAUGCUAGUGUUUCGAUUCCUGGAAAUGAUAACACUCUGAAGGGGUUGAAGGAUGGUGGUCCUGGUGAGGUGAAGGCUGUAGGAGUUCAAGUUGUUUCUAUUCCUUCAGGUAACACUCCUAAUUUGUUGAAAAAUUGGGAUGGUUCUAAGGUAAAUGAUGAAUUAUUGAGUCCUAGUUUGGAAUUGAAAAUGGUUACUAGUCAAAUGAUUAGGGCGAAUCCUAACAUUUCUGUGAAUGAUGUCUCAAAACCUGUAUGCCCUAAUUUAGUUGAUUGUGAAGUUAAGAAAUCUAGGGUUGAUGAGAUUGAUAAAAGUGGUAUUAAGGUUGAUGAUAAGAACAUUAUGAAUAAUGAAGAGUUUAUUCCGGGUGUUGGGUUUCAAUUCCUUAAUAAGAUGAAGGAGGAUACUCCUAAGAAAAAGGAGAUGGACAGUAGUUUGAAUCAUGAAAUGGAUGUUGAUAUAUCAAUUUUGAAUAAGCAAGUUAAAGGGAAUGAAGAUGGUAAUGAUACAGAUGAUUCUUCUGAUGAGUCUAGUGAUGAUGAAUCUAGUGAGGAUGAGUCUAGUGAGGAUGAGGAAAUUGUGAUGGAAGAGAAGGGUAAUACUGUGGUGAAUAAUGAGCCUAAUUCAAAGCUGAAGUCUGGUACUGUUAUUAACAGUAUUAAUUUGCUUCCCUCUAUAUUGGGUGAUGCAAAUAUUUGUAAGAAGGUGGAUGGUGAUGGUCAGGGGAACUUGUUGAACUCUUAUGCUGGUGUGUUAAAAGGUAAUAGGCAUAAGGGUAAGAUUGAUGUUAAGUUUAUACCAGGGGAAAAUGGUAAGGAAGAAGGUCCAGUUAUUAUUCUGAUUGAGAAUUUAAAGAAGGCGAGUAUUCCAUAUACUAAUACUUUAUAUGGGUACAUGAUUGAUAAGAAGUUGGCGUUUCCUGUAAUUCAAAAAGAGGUUAGAAGGCUGUGGAGGAAUGUGGGACUUGAGGAGAUCUUCAUGAACAGUAAAGGAUUUUUCUUUUUCAAAUUUAGUGAUGAGCAGGGGAUGUUAUGUAUAUUGGAGGGAAGUCCAUGGCUAAUGUUCAAUAAUAUGCCUUUAUUUCUUCAACGGUGGAGACCGGGGCUAACUUUAACCAAGAACAGUCAUGAUAAAAUUCCGGUGUGGAUCAAAAUUUAUGAUUUACCUUUGGAAGUUUGGAGUGGGGACAAUCUGUGUAUUAUUGCGAGUAAGUUGGGGGUUCCUCUGGCUUUUGAUUCUUUUACCGAGGAGAUGUGUUUGGAACACAAGGUUAGGAAUGCUUAUGCUCAAAUUCUUGUUGAAAUGGCGGCUGAUAAGGAGUGGAAGAGGAAAAUUGAGGUAUCUACUUGGGAUUUUGUUUCUAAUUCUGCUGUGACUCAGAGUUUUGAUGUGGAGUAUGCGUGGAUUCCUUCUAGAUGUAAUCACUGUAAGGUCUAUGGUCAUAUGGAUAAAGUUUGUAUGGCAGUUUUGAAUGAAGAUAAAGUUUUAAAGAAUGGGGAUAAUGGGACCAAUAAGGGAAAUAAAGGGAAGGAAGUGGUUAAUGAUGAAGGUUUUACUGAGGUUGUUAAUAAGAAGGUUAAAGGAAAUAAAGAUGGUGAAGGUACUAGUAAAACUAUGGAGGGUCCUGCUAAUUUGUAUAAUCAGAGAAAUAGUGGAAAGAAUGGCAAUUUUAACAGGGGAAAUAGUUUCAGGGGUAAUAAUGGGAAUAGAGGUGGUAAUGGUAGGGGGCAGAAUGGGAACUGGAACAAUAGAGGGGUGAGUAACUGGAAUUUGGAAAAGAAUCAAAGAUAUGAGAAGUAUGCUACAGAGGUUUGGAAUGUCAGGGGCUUGAAUAAAGCCAUUAAGCAAAAGGAGGUUAUUGAUGUUAUUAGGAGUAAUAACCUUGGUAUAUGUGCUGUGGUGGAAUCUCAUGUUAAGGUCUUAAAUCUUAAGAAUGUGUGUGUUAAGACCUUUGGUCAAUGGGAUUGGGUUUCUAAUAAUAGCAACUGUGAGGCUGGAACUAGAAUAAUUGUUGGAUGGAAUCCUAGAUUAUUCGAUGUGAUGGUGAUUUCUCAGUCUAGACAAGUAAUACAUUGUUAUGUUAGGUUCUGUGAUUCUAACUAUAGCAUGUAUUGGUCUUUUAUAUAUGCUGCUUCGACUUAUGUAGAGAGAAGGUUAUUGUGGGAUAAUCUGAAGAAACAUAGUUUGGUUGUUAAGAAGGAAGCUUGGGGAAUUUUAGGUGACUUUAAUGUUGCUUUAAAGCCUUCAGAAUAUUCUGAAGGUUGUUCUAAAAUGCCGAAAGGAGUUGAUGAAUUUAUUGACUGUAUAAAUUCUAUUGAAGUUGAGGAUCUGAAUUGCACUGGUUUUCAGUUUACUUGGAACAAAUCUCCUGCUGGGAAUAAGGGUCUUUUGAAGAAGUUAGAUAGGGUGAUGGUUAAUUUGAAAUUUGUUUCUGAUCAUCCUUUAGCUCAUGCUGUUUCUAAACCUUAUAGGGCGUCGGACCAUUGUCCUGCUGUUUUAAAUGUUCCUGCUGGCAAAUUGAGAUGGAAACCUUCUUUUAGGUUUGCCAAUUUUAUUACAGAGAAGAAGGAGGUUUUACCUUCGGUUAAAGAGAUUUGGGGCACUAAUAUUGAAGGUUUUUUUAUGUUCAAAGUUUUUCAGAAGUUGAAGAUUCUUAAAAAGUAUUGUCGGGAGCUAUGUAGUAAAUACAGGGGUUCUGGCAAGAGAAUUCAAGAGUUAAGAAAGGAAUUGGAAAGUAAACAAGCUGAUAUUGAUCUUAAUCCUUUUGAUAGUAAGAUUAGGGAGGAGCAUGCUAAUACUCUUUUUGAGUUCAAUGUUGCGUGUAAUGAUGAAGAAAUGCUUCUCUCCUAG